AUGAUUUUCCUGGAGCCCGAGGUGGACUACUUCAGGAUGCAGCUGCACCACCUUGCAUUGCCACGCGAUAUUUGCCUGCCGGGCUCAGCAAAGAAGUCGUGCAGUUUGGAGACGUCCGUAGAAGAAGGGCCCACACCUGCCCCGCCCGCGUCAGGCAAGACGAAAGAUGUAUCGACUGGUUCCCUCUCGACUGAGGAAAAGGCGGAGGUACUGCACCGUGCACUGCUGACAGCUCUUCAUCAGCGAUUCCCAUAUGAAUGCCCCGACACCCUGGAACAUGUCUACAUCCUCUCCAUCACCCACCUCUCAUCCCCACCCCUUUCAGACACGAGACUGAGCUGCGAGGAACUCGCAGAACUACAGGGCCCUCAGAGUUUUCUACCACCAGAGCUACGCUUCCGGACAUUCCCAUCGCACCUCAAUGCCUUGUUAUCAUCAAAUGCUUUUCCCACCGGUGUUGCCACACGCAGAGAAGACGAGGAAAAGCCACAAGAAGAAGGAGGUGUGGGUGGGAAAAAGGAGGAGGAUCAUUUGACCAAAUACCACUACAAUGAUACCUACUUCAUUCUUCUGCCUGAACUUACGAGAGCACAGCAGCAGCUGUAUCAUCAAAGAAGACGUGAUUACAAGAGGACGAGCUACAUACGUGCCGAGCUUGGCGGAAUCUCGCCAUCAGAUAUCGCUUCAUCAGAGGCUUUCGCAUGGAACGAAGCGACCACGUCACUUGGAGAAGACGGUGUGAAGGUGGGUGAAGGCAUGAUGGGAUUUCGUGUUCUGGAUGGUACUAUGAUUUACAACAUGGCCGCGACGCAAACCACGUGUCGUGGUUCCGCGUCACGAUCGCUGCAGUUUACCGCAUUUAAGGUACCACUUAGUCGUUUUUCACCAGAGGAGCAACAGUACUACACGAAUAAACGGGAGGAGGCGCGUUUCUGCGCUGGCGUCUAUCCCACUGUACAUCAAUCAAAACCGUCAGCUAAUUCGACCGAUAAUUACAUGAAUGACACGAUGCGGAGAAUGCUUGCCUUUGAAGUGCCCGAAAGGUAUAGCACGGAGGAGGACACGACCAUGGAAAGUUUCUUCUCGAGGUGUAAUAAGAUUCUGCGUUACUACGCGAUGCCGGCUGGCGUAAGAGAUAAAACCGCCAAUGAAGAAAAGGAAACGAAGAGUCACGCUGCCACCACGUUUGAAUUGCGUGAGUCUCAUGCCUCGACCAGUAGUUUUUCUUCUGCACUCGGUGUUCGUCGUCUGGUGUAUUCUUUUGCCCCUUGUGACUGCUAUCAUCUCGUCACUGACGAGAACAAUCCGCUCUACUACGCCAAAUCCAGCCGCGCAGCCUAUGACGCACGCACAGUGAGCAUCACGCUUGUGUCCGAUCUCACAGCUGCGCCAUGGUCGUCACCCACCAUCUCCAUUUCGAGUCACCCCAACGCAGGAACGCCAAAUGAGGGAGGUGGGAAAACAACAGCCGGUGGCGGUAGCGGUGGCUUAGAAGGACUUGUUUUUUCCAAUCAGGUAUCACGUGCUGCAUCGCCCGACCCAAUUGUUUCCGGGAAAAAAUCUUCCACUUGUACUGGUAGGAGUUUGUCACCACAGCCCAUUCGCCCACAGAAUGGUAAAGGACUCAGUGGGGCACGCACUUCUCUGCAACAGCUUACCUCAAAGACCGAUGGAUUUUUGACUCUCACCACGUCACUCUCUUGCAACAACGUCUCUGGCAACCCCAAACACAGGAAGGACAGUCUUUUGGAGAAGGGACUCUUCGGUGGGAAAGAACACGAAGAAUCCAAGGAAACGAGUGCCUCUAAUGGUGUCAGUAAUAGGAAUAAACAUGCGCUUUCAAAGGGUGAUUUUGCCAAUAUUUUUUGCCUUUUAUCCAACUCCUCUGCUGCUCAACAUCAACUUCGUCACGGUGUUAUUCGACCAGUUGUCUCGGUCGCAGUGCUUGACAGGGAGAAGCGCCCUCUCACCAGUUUUUUAAAAGGCGAUAACUCAGAUGGCAUUAUGUGUCACGGGCUUCUUGACCACACGUGGUACUCAAUUCCAGUGCAGCCUCUUCCUGCGAUGCAGGAUGACGUGCAGUGGAUGCCCGUUGUUUUUGGGAGCACAGAAUGUAUCAGUGAUGUUGGAUACCGCACCGCCAUGCAGAUUGGUUUUUUCCCAAAUAAAACGGACACCACGACACGCAAUUUCUCCAUCCAACAAAUGACAAGUGGGGUCCUUCCUACUUUAGAGGAAGCUAGACGUUCCCUCGCUGCAGCCCAAGAAAAAAAAAGCGCAUUGGCACCCCGAGACCCUAAUUUACUGCCUACUAAGCAGCAAAAUAAGCAGUGGCUCAAUGAGGUUGCUUUGCCAUCAGUGUUCAAGAAGGAAACGCAACUUGCGAAUAAUGAGCAGCCAGCAAACGUCACAGCACGGCCGGGCGGCGUUGCCAUGACAUUUGGGAACGACGAGCAGCCAGCAAGUGUCACAGCACGGCGGGGCGGCGUUGCCAUGACAUUUGGGAAUGACGAGCAGCCAGCAAACGUCACGGCACGGCGCGGCGGCGUUGCCAUGACAUUUGGGAGUGACGAGCAGCCAGCAAACGUCACGGCACGGCGGGGCGGCGUUGCCAUGACAUUUGGGAAUGACGAGCAGCCAGCAAACGUCACGGCACGGCGGGGCGGCGUUGCCAUGACAUUUGGGAGUGACGAGCAGCCAGCAAACGUCACGGCACGGCGGGGCGGCGUUGCCAUGACAUUUGGGAGUGACGAGCAGCCAGCAAACGUCACGGCACGGCGGGGCGGCGUUGCCAUGACAUUUGGGAGUGACGAGCAGCCAGCAAACGUCACGGCACGGCGGGGCGGCGUUGCCAUGACAUUUGGGAAUGACGAGCAGCCAGCAAGUGUCACGGCACGGCGGGGCGGCGUUGCCAUGACAUUUGGGAAUGACGAGCAGCCAGCAAGUGUCACGGCACGGCGGGGCGGCGUUGCCAUGACAUUUGGGAAUGACGAGCAGCCAGCAAGUGUCACGGCACGGCGGGGCGGCGUUGCCAUGACAUUUGGGAAUGACGAGCAGCCAGCAAGUGUCACGGCACGGCGGGGCGGCGUUGCCAUGACAUUUGGGAAUGACGAGCAGCCAGCAAACGUCACGGCACGGCGGGGCGGCGUUGCCAUGACAUUUGGGAGUGACGAGCAGCCAGCAAGUGUUACGGCACGGCGAGGUGAACUUAAUGAGCGUGAUAGGAUGUAUGGAUGGAAAACAGGGGUGGAAUGUUUUGGCGGUGAUUUUGACUGGCGUCGCUCUGCGUCUUAUCGAUCUCCGAAAGCGCAGCGACCCACUAUUUUUGAACGUGGUGGAUUUGUCCCGGGAGAACCAGAACCUGCAGUUGCAAACGAAGAUAAAUUUUCUACUUUUUUUAGCAGCACUGCACGACCCUACAUGAAAAACAUCAGUCCGAGGCCUUUUUGCCGCGCAACAGGCAUGGCGCCUCCUGAGGAUAUUUGUGGUGGAACGCCGGCGGGUCGAUGGCGUGCGUCUUCGCCAGGACCCACGUUUGGGGAGAGCGGCGCCGGUCAAGUUUUGACGAACGGCGGGGAUUGGCGGCCGAAUGCUCAAAGAAGAGGGGCGGCGCGCGAGGACUCUCCGGUGCCCGGAUUCACUGGGAUGCCGCGUUCACGUGCGACGACUGUGCUGGACCCGUUUGGAAAGCUCUGCAACCGACCCAGUCCCCACCCGACCGUGGACGCACCGUUUCAGCAGAUGGCAGGGGAAUCACACUUUUACCCGUCUCAGAAUGAUCGCUGGCAGAGUCAUGAUUUCAACAAUGAUGUCCAUCGCACGGGAAUUGCUGAGCAUCGCGGCGGGAGUUUUUGGCGUCCGUCGUCGUUUGGUGGUCCACCGCCGAAUGGCACGUCCGACCCUCUUGCGUCGCCCAUCUCAAGUAUCUCACGUAGUGGACUUUUGAUGUACGAGGACAACAACGCGCCUGCGAGGGGUGGGUUUGGAGGAAAUUUCACCCCUGAUGCGUUUCAUCGUUUUUCCCAUCAUCCAACGGUUGGUCGUCUCAACACUGGUAUUGGUGGUGGACGCUACGAUACGACAAGCGUCAACCAUCCCUCCAAUAGUGCUGGUGCAUUUGCCGAUUCCGGGAAGCGUGUGGGUGCGGGAACCAAUUCUUCGUUUAACAGCCCCUUCGCGAGGACGGGUUUCCUGUACGAUAACGGCGUCUCCCGCCUACCCAUCAUUGAUGAGUACGGCUCUCCAAUGAAUGGGAGUCGUGUUCGUCCGCGGGGCGUGCAAGCUAUGGACAUUGCGUGGUCAGGUCAGUGGGCAUCGUCUCCGGCACCGUCCCGAUCGGCACACGAUAUUUCCGGACGCCGUGCUGUGCCACACCCGGUCACCUCUCGUGUGGCAUCAAGUGCGAUGCCUUGGCGAAACACAACCACCACUAGCGCUGGCGUCAAUAAACGAGGGCUCCUUGCCAGUAAACCGCCGUUAGCCCCAAGCAGCCGUGCAUCACCGUCUUGUUUCUCCGCCAAACCUGCAGGUGUACGCGGUACCGUAACCCCUUCCUCCGUUCGCGGUCUCACCCUGCGAGAACGUGUGCGCUUGCGGCAACAGCAACUGCGCCGCGAGGCGAACUUACAAGCAGUUGACGAGAACCUACAUGAGAAUUAUUGUAUGGGAAAUGAUAUGAAGCGGCUUCGAAAAGAGCCGAAUGGGGUUAUUUCCGAAAAGGCAUGUCCUGCUAUCAACGCCUCCGGGAAACCCAAUGUUGUGACUGGCAACACCACUUCUUUUCCUGGUGCCACAGCAGAAGCUGCGCACAACGGUGACACGAAAACAGCAGAGAAGCAAGGCGCAGCCUCCCUUGGCUCAUAUGGAGAGCAGGUUCGACACCUGGAGUCCCUUACAGAACCAUUUAUCCAAGCAGACGGGGUAAAUGUUUCUUUUUGUCUUCGCGACUUGGCUAACGUGUUCCUCUGUUUACCUGGAGGUGCACUCAAGGAAAAUGACCUCACAAAAGCAGCGUGGUUAGAUGAUGGAGUUUCCUAUUUUGUUUCCGCAAAGCCCAUGCGGUUCCGUGGUGGAUGGGAAAGCUACCUACAACACCUUAACCUCUACCAGCAGCCUUUCUACCUGCGGGAGAGGGCUUUCAUAUUUGUUCUGCGGGUUCCAUAUCACCCAA